AUGGCACACGCACCGAAACCAGGCUUAGAAGCCCUGCACGUGGAGGAGGGUUUGCAUGUAUCCUCCGCGUUGCCACGGAGUGUGAAGGUAGAUGGCGGAAUUCUACUCGACGCUGGGCUCAAGAAUGAGCAUCAGCUCAUUUUGGCGAAAGACGGUCAUACCGUGCUGCUACCUCAGCCAUCAGGAAAUCCUGAAGAUCCAUUGCGUUGGUCGUCUCUCAAGAAGCAUGCCAUCCUCUUCACACUCGCCUACGGCGCCUUUGUCGCCGACGCUGUGUCUGGAAGCUGCACAUCCUUGAUUGUUGCCCAAGGCAUCGAUUGGCAAAUGAAUCCAAACACAGUCAAUCAUGCAAACACGCUUAAUAUCCUGCUCUUGGGUGUCGGGGCUUUGUUCUAUGUGCCUCUCUCAACUUGGUGGGGACGCGCACCAACUAUCUUUUGGACGGCUUUCAUUUCCGUCUUCCUCAACCUUGGUGUUGCUCUGUGCCCCGGUUGGAGCGAGUACUAUCCCACUCGUGUUGUCCAGGGCCUGUUCUCCAAUGCACCGCCCAGCAUUGCCAUCGGAUUCAUUCGUGAUAUUUUCUUCUUCCACGAGCGGGCUCGAAAGAUCGGCAUAUGGACAGCUCUCUUUAUAGCUUCACCAUACUUGGGUCCUCUGUUCGGUAACUUCAUGCUUGCAGGCCUUGGUGAAUGGCGGCCUGUUUUGUGGCUUGGUCUCGCCAUGCAGGCUGCGUUCCUCGUAUGCUGCGUCUUGUUUUUGGAUGAGAGUUGGUAUAAUCGAGAAAUUGCAGAUGAGCUGCAGCCACCACGUGGAGCCGGCGUCUUUGAUCGUCUGUCCCGAGUUGUGGGCAUAUGGCAGAUCCGACACCACCAGUACUUUUACACUUUGCGUCAUUCCAUCGUCACCUUUGCACGAACAAUCUUGAAGCCCGUCUUGUUGAUCAUCUUCUUUAAUUAUUUUAUCUGUUUUGGUUGGGCAAUUGGCAUCAACGUGAGCACUGCCAUCCUCUUUGCCACGCCGAUCCAGUUUGGAGGAUACGGCUAUGAUUUCAAACAACUCGGAUUUCUGUACUUCACACCCGUUGUCGGCAUUCUAAUCGGGGAGUUAUUCGGCCACUUCGCCAACGAUUCUUUGGCCAAAAGAUACAUCCGCCGUCACAAGGGUAUUUUUGAGCCGGAAGUCCGCUUGUGGAUGGCAUAUAUUGCCGCCACCCUUAUGAUCGUGGGGCUGGUCCUUCUCGGUCAAGGAUUGCAACACCACCUCAACGUGGGAGUACUUAUCGCGAGUUGGGGGAUGCACACAUGUGGCCUUGUCAUUCUUUCGGUAACCACAUUCGCAUACGCCGUGGACUCCUAUCCCACAGCAUCCGCCGAAAUUGCUGGAUGGAUCUCGUUCAUUCGUGUUGCUGGAGGCUUCAGCGUCGGCUAUUAUCAACAACCAUGGGGCACCGCGAUCGGAUAUGACAAAAGCUUCGGCAUCCAGGCGGCUUUGGUUGGCGUAAGUGUACUUGCUGUUGCUGCUGUCCACAAAUUCGGACAUCGAUUGCGGAUUAAAUCCGGGGACAUCAGGUAA